CGCAAGCCAUACAUACGAAGACUGACCGUGACUGCCUCGAGUGCCCGUGUGCUACUCCCCACCCCUGCCCUCGCAAGUUGAAAGCACCGUCCCCGUUUUCACCCUUUCCUGUAUUCACCGACAACAAGCAAAACAAACAACAUGACAAUCCCUGACGAGGAGGUUCUCACUAAGCUGCGUGAGCUUCUGAAACACGCAGACCUGAAUGUCACCACCGAAAAGAUGCUGCGCAAGCAGCUUGAGGAGCACUUUAAGCAGGACAUGACAGACCGGAAGCCCAUUAUUCGAGCCGAGGUUGAGCGAUAUUUAGCUGAGGGAGCAGGGGAUGAGGAAGAGGAGGAGGAAGAGGAGGAGGACGACGACGACGCGCCGGCUCGGGGAAGCGGCAUGGGCUCGUGGUUGUCAGAGCCGCUGCAGGCCUUCCUGGGGGUGGAGUCGCUGCCCCGCACGCAAGUAGUCAAGCGGCUGUGGGAGUACAUCAAGGCCAACAACCUGCAGGACCCCAAGGACAAGCGCAAAAUCCUGCUGGAUGACAAGCUCAAGACAUUGUUCACCUCGCCGCUCACCAUGUUCACCAUGAAUUCGCAGCUGAGCAAACACGUCAAGGUGUAUGACGGGGACGAUGAGGAGCCCAAGGCCAAGUCAGCCAAGCGGCCAGCGAGCAAAGCGGGCAAGGAGAAGCCCAAGAAGGUCAAGACCGAGAUGGAUGAGGAGAAGCGGAAGAAGAACGCGUUCACCAAGCCCGUGCGGCUGUCCCCGGAGCUGGCGGCGCUGACGGGCAAGGAGUCCAUGGGGCGGCCGGAGGUGACGUCGUUCUUCUGGGCGUACGUCAAGGAGAAGGGCCUCAAGGAUCCCGCGAACGGCCAGUUCAUUAUCUGCGACGCGGCGCUCAAGAAGAUCACAGGCGAGGAGCGCUUCAAGGGGUUUGGCUUCAUGAAGUACUUCGCGCCGCACAUGCUCAAGGACUGAGUGCAAUGCGGAGGCAGUUGGGUUGAAGUACAGAGCGCUGAGCGGAGAAGCAGGAAGGUGGCCUCACGACUGCGGGACUGCUUCCAGGUACAUAUGUCCACGCCCCCGCCAGCAGCAGGGCCAUGUGGCUAGGCGGCAGCAGCCGUAGUAGCAGGAAAGACCAGGGUAGGCUGGUAGGCAUUGCUGGCCCUGCAGGACCAUGAGUCCAUGACAGUACGAUGUACGGUAGUGGACCGAGUUGGACUAGACGGUAGGGGGUUACCUCGUUUUGACAGCUGCAAGAGGACAUCGCUGAGAGUGAGAGCAACGGCAUGACUCAAGUACUUUGUAUGGUGACGGCAGGACACAGACGCUUGCUUUGCGGUGUGCUGCCGGAAUCGCAGUAAUCAGGUGAAGACCUGUAGGGGUUAGGUCGUACAGUAGAACAUUCAGGAAGGAUUCAGGCGGUUCACGGGCGGCUGUGACUGGAGACUACGGUACUUACGGUAUGCGGUCAGCCACUGGCACAAGAACCCACAGGCUUAGGACGUGAGGACAGCGUGCUUGGGGAACAACUUAAUUUGAUGUAGGUUUGUGUGCUUGAGGCCGCCCGCCGCCGAAUGUACGUCGUGUGUGUUGUCUUGGGGAGGCGUCUGGCGGUCUGGGUGGAUGCCGAAGGAUGCCGAGGACUGAGGGGGGCGGCUGAGAAGGGCCGGGGUUGGCGGCGUUGUGAACGUCGGCUUGCACUUUGCAGUCUGUUCGCCAAGGACUCACUUGGGCCACGGCAUUAGGGUUGGCUGCAUUCCCAUUAUGCAGUAUAUAUACUUGUCUUUGCUUCUACAGCGCAAUUGCCGGAAGACCGUGGUGGCGGCUGGUAGGGUUUGUCAACUCAUCGCGUGCAACACCCAUUUUCAACAAGAA